GAGGGAUCAAGGGUUUAUUGGCUCUGCCUUGGAUCUGAAUCUAAUCAGAAACGAUGGUUGCUCCAUCAAAUGUUAUUGUCGGAUCUGUCGUUUGGGUGGAGGACCCUGAGGCAGCUUGGUUAGAUGGGGAAGUUAAACAAAUUAACGGGGAAGAGGUUACAGUAAAAUGUAAAGAGAAAUCAGUUGUGGCCAAGGCAUCUAGUGUCCAUCCAAAGGACCCUGAAUUUCCUCCCUCUGGUGUUGAUGAUAUGACAAAGCUGGCAUAUUUGCAUGAACCUGGAGUUUUGCAUAACUUAAAACUUCGAUUUGAUAUCAAUGAAAUUUAUUUUUACGUAGGCUAUGUAUCUCUUAAUAAGAUGAUCAUACUAUUACAACCCGUCCUUGCUCAAUGGAUACAAAACACCCAUACUUUAGCACCCGGUGCAAUGGCUCCUGGUGCAUCUCGGUUUUCGUUUCCUUUGUGA